AGCCAAUAUGCUUGGAAGAAGGUAGAAGAACGUUUCUCUCAAAUUUUGACGGGGAAGAAGACCAACUUUUCGCCUCCAUUGUUCUCACAGAGAAACCAAAACCAUAAUUUAGCUACUCUGCUCCUCCGUGUAACAGAGAAAUGAUGCGUCCACAGCAAAUCAGCAAACUCUCAAGUUCAGCAAGAUCUUUUUUUCUUAGUGGAUCUAGAUCAAGUGCAGCUGAUGGGAGCUCCUCUUCUGCGUUCAACGAUGAUGAGCCUUGUGUCUCAAGACGCCAGCAAGCUGCUGCACAGGCUGGAAAACUAGUACCAUCCAGUGUUGUCCCUAAGCCUCUUGUAGUGGGAAGCAUAUUACCAAAGGAUGUAGAUAAUAAACCGGUUGUUCUAAAGAAGGUUGAUGGUUCUGGUCGGCCAUCUCUAUUACCACACUCAGUUACUUAUGCAUCAACAGAAGCUUCUUCUUCUUCUUCAGAACCUAUUGGGGAUCAGAUUUUCAGAGCCGGUGUUGCAGCGGUUAGUAUUUUGUCUGAUUUAGCAAACUUUAAGCUUCCUUCAUCUGAUGGAGGGAGUGAAGUGUUUGGAUUAGGGAAAAGAUGUAUGGUGGAUCCAGCUCGGCCUAUUACAAGUGUGAAAUCUUCUAAUGUGAAAGUUAUAAGAAGAGAGGACUUGACCAAAUCUUACCCUAGAUCAUCAGCUGCAAAGGAUUCAUCAUCGAUUGGUAGUAAAAUUAGAAAUACUAGUAGCAACUUCCGAGGGGCUAAGGAAGCUGGAUUUGUUAAAGGAUUCAAACAAGUCUCAACACAGAAAAGGUAUCAUCACACAUCUGGCAAGAGGACAAGCAUGUUGCAAAGACACAAUGUUGAUUCAAACAGAUUUGUGCCUUCAGGGUCUGCUCUGACAUCAUCAUCAAGGCAGUAUUGUAAUAAUAUCAAAGACGUGGAGAACGUUUCCAGCAUUUUGAAAACAUUCAGGUGGGGUCCUGCUGCUGAAGAGGCUCUCAAAAAUCUCCGUUUAACAACGAUGGGUCCAUACCAAGCAAACCAAGUUCUCAAGAAGAUGAAUGACUAUGGAAACGCUCUUGGUUUCUUCUACUGGCUUAAAAGGCAACCUAAGUUUAAGCAUGAUGAGCACACUUACACCACUAUGGUUGGUAACCUUGGCCGUGCUAAACAGUUUCGUGCCAUAAACAAGCUUCUCGAUGAGAUGGUUAGAGAUGGUUGUAGGCCAAACACGGUUACUUAUAACCGACUUAUCCACAGCUAUGGCCGUGCUAAUUACUUGAACGAAGCUAUGAAUGUGUUUAAUCAAAUGCAAGAAGCUGGAUGCAAACCAGACCGUGUAACGUACUGUACUCUUAUAGACAUUCACGCCAAGGCUGGUUUUCUUGACAUUGCGAUGGAUAUGCACCAGAGGAUGGAAGCAGCUGGUAUUUCAACUGACACUUUCACUUACAGUGUCAUAAUAAACUGUCUUGGGAAAGCUGGACAUUUACCUGCUGCACACAAGCUCUUUUGUGAGAUGGUUGAUCAGGGUUGUACACCUAACUUGGUCACAUACAACAUCAUGAUAGACUUGCAUGCCAAAGCGAGAAACUACCAGAGCUCGUUGAAGCUUUACCGUGACAUGCAAAACGCUGGGUUUAAGCCUGAUAAAGUGACGUAUAGCAUUGUGAUGGAGGUGCUUGGACACUGUGGGUAUCUUGAGGAAGCAGAGGGUGUUUUCACUGAGAUGCAGGAACAUAAUUGGAUUCCUGAUGAGCCGGUUUAUGGUCUUUUGGUGGAUUUGUGGGGGAAAGCUGGUAAUGUGGAAAAGGCGUGGUACUGGUAUCAAGCUAUGCUACAUGCUGGUUUGCUACCUAAUGUUCCUACAUGCAAUUCUCUUCUUAGUACCUUCCUUAGGGUUGAUAAGAUAGGGGAAGCGUAUGAGUUGUUACAAAACAUGCUUUCCUUUGGUCUACGUCCCUCUUUGCAGACAUACACGUUGCUCUUGAGUUGUUGCACAGAUGGUCGGUCAAAACUUGAUAUGAGUUACUGUGGCCAGCUAAUGGCAAGCACGGGUCAUCCUGCACACAUGUUUCUCCUCAAGAUGCCAUCUGCAAGUCCUGAUGGGCAAAACGUGCGUAAUCAUGUGAACAGCUUCUUAGAUCUGAUGCACAGCGAGGACAGAGAGAGCAAGCGAGGACUUGUGGACGCGGUGGUUGACUUCUUACACAAGUCAGGGCAAAGAGAAGAGGCGGGAUCUGUGUGGGAAGUUGCAGCACAGAAGAACGUUUUUCCUGAUGCAGUAAGGGAGAAAAGCAGCAGCUACUGGCUUAUCAAUCUCCAUGUUAUGUCGGAAGGAACUGCAGUAACAGCCUUGUCCAGGACUCUUGCUUGGUUCCGUAAACAGAUGCUAGUAUCCGGAUCUUGUCCUUCUAGGAUUGAUAUAGUGACUGGUUGGGGAAGACGUAGUAGAGUGACUGGUACAUCAAUGGUGAGACAAGCAGUUGAAGAGCUGCUCAACAUGUUUGGUUCACCGUUUUACACAGAGAGUGGGAACUCAGGUUGUUUUGUUGGGUGUGGUGAGUCUCUCAACAGGUGGUUGCUUCAGUCUUAUGUUGAGAGGAUGCAUUUGAUUUGAUGUGAGUGUUUGUUUUAGCUUUAUUUUAUUUAUUUGUUUUCUUUUAGCUGAUUGUUUUAGCGUGUGUCAUAAGGUAAAGGUUAGGGUAACAAUUUGACUUUCUCUCUAGUCUCAUUUGUACUCUACCCUUUUAAUUGUAAUCUUUCCUCUUGCAAUAAUUUAUCUAAGAUUCUGUUUUAAGUGUGAUGGAGACGUUAAGAAAAGUUGAAUAAGCAA